AUGAUUGCAUGUGUGCUCAGCCGACUGUUUGCAACCCCACGGACUGUAGCCCCCCAGCGUUCUCUGCCUUUGGGAUUUUCCAGGCAAGAAUAUUGGAAUGGGUUUUCAUUUCAUCCUUCAGAGGGUCUUCCUGACCCAGGGAUCAAAUCCAUGUCUUCUGAAUUGGCAAGCAGAUUCUUUACCACUGAGCCACCUGGGAAGCCCAAGUUAACUUUAAUACCAGAUAUGAAUUCAAUAUUGAGUAUUUAUGAACCUAAAAUGUAUUCUGGCCAAUGUCUUAUAUGUUUGAGUAUAUGUAAGUGCUUAAUUUCCUUUAAUUAA